GACGCGCGCGCGCACGCCAGCACGAUGCUUAUAACCGUUUUGGUUUUGUCGUUAGCAUGCGCGAUCGUCGCUGAAAACGAUACAAAUAUUGACGACAAGGUCCUUAAAAGCUUAGCCGAUUUGAUAGAUGAGAAUAAAAGCUUGGAUGCCAGUGAUAUUGCUCGAUUAUACAGGGCUGCGCAGGCGCUGGGUUUAGAUAGAGAAUUGGUGAAUAAGUUAUCACAGGGGUUGAAUGGUUCUGAGCGAGUUAUACAUAAAGACGCUGGGUAUAACAUAUAUGCUGAUUCGGAAAAGGGACCUUUGGGUGAAUCUCCGGAUUAUGCGUCGUCAGUAGUUUUGGCGAGUGAUCUGCUUGCUUUGACAAGUGCAGUUGGCAAUGUUGGCGAUAAACUGUGUAGAGAGCAGGGAUAUAGGUUCCUAGAUGGUUUGCUGUCCAACAAACGAUGGGCUUUGAAAAUGUUCGACGCAUCAGCGAAGUCGCCACAAGGUCUGCUUUUUGGUUCAUCCUAUCAUUUGGGUAACUUUGACGAGUGUAUGGAUAUAAAUGAACCAGGAGAUGGGUUGACUGUUGAGGGACAAUAUUGCCUGGCGACUAUUAAAUGGAGAGAAGGAGAGGAAACCAAAAAGAUCCGCACUGGACGGGGUGAGAGUCUACGUUGGGCAGUCUGUGUACCAAGUGCCUGUGAUGCACGUUCAGUUGAGCGAUUUGUUGGUGGUGUCCUGAAACAUUCUGUUGGAAAUACAACCAGAGUCGAAGUCAUAGAUAAGGAUUGCUAUACACGAAGACCGUUGAGUGUUAAUAAGCUUGAUAUAACAUUUCUUGUUCUCAUAAUGUUUUUUGGCGUUAUACUCACCUUCACCACGAUAUAUGAGAUAUAUGCUAUACGACACAACAAAAAAGGGGGUACGGCGCAUGACCUCAUUGUGUCCUUUUCACUUAUUAAUAAUAUGAAAAAAAUUCUUUCGACAAAGCAGAAUAAUAGUCUGGGACUAGAAUGCGUCACUGGAAUGAGGGCAUUGGCCAUGAUUUUUAUAGUAGCAGGUCACGCAUGUCUAUUUAUCGGGAGUGGCCCAGUCAUGGACGCUAAAGCUUGGGAUAGGUUAAUCCAGGAUCCAUUAAACUCGUUUAUGCUGAAUAAUGCGCUUUUGGUGGACACUUUCCUCUUCCUUAGUGCUUUUCUCUUUAGCCGUUUAUUACUGAUUGAGUUGGAUAAACGCAGAGGCAGGCUAAAUUUUAUACCAAUAUUGGUUUUCCGAUAUAUAAGGGUUACACCAGCGUACUUAGUCGUCAUUUUGUUCUACAUGACAUGGCUACCGAAAAUUGGUGAGGGUCCUCUCUGGGGCAACAGAAUACAAUUAGAGCAAGAGCGGUGCAUGGAUACUUGGUGGGCCAAUAUAUUGUAUGUCAGUAAUUACGUGAUGACAGAUCGUAUGUGCAUGUUCCAGUCCUGGUACUUAUCAGUUGACACUCAAAUGUUCUUCGUGGCUCCCAUAUUCAUUUACAGUUUGUGGCAUUGGAGAAGGUUUGGUUCUGCCUUAAUUGCGAUGGCAAUUAUAGUAUCUCUCGUUAUACCAUCAGCAAUCACAUACAAAGAUCAUUUGGAUCCAACCAUUUUGUUUUAUGCGAAAGAAUUCACGGACUUCGAUACAAACUUCUACUUCGUGGAAGCGUAUAUCAGAACACAUAUGAAGAUGACCCCUUACUUUAUGGGACUGCUCACUGGAUAUAUUCUCCACAGAAUUCAAUCAGAAAAUUAUCAAUUCUCAAACCUCCUAAAGACUUUCGGCUGGAGUACCAGCGUAAUUUUGGGCACCGUAACCACCUUCUCCGUGAGCCUGUUCUACCAGGACUGGUACGAGUACAGCACAAUAGAAGCCGCGGCAUACAUAUCUUUACACAAAUUUGCAUGGAGCAUCGCCAAUGGCUGGCUUAUCAUUGCUUGCGCUACCGGAAAUGGAGGCGUUUUAGGAAAGCUUUUAGCGUGGAGAUUUUUAGUGCCAAUAUCAAAGUUAACAUUUUGCGCUUACCUAGUCAAUGGUGUCGUGGAGUUGUACUAUGUGGGACAGUUGCGACAUCCUCUGCAUAUAACCUUCUUUACAAUAGCGGCGAAUGCAAUCUCCCAUUUGGUAUUAACAUUUUUCCUUGCGCUGAUACUGUGUAUAAUGUUUGAGUCACCAUUACAUGGCAUCGAGAAAAUACUAUUACGGAGAUUUGCUCGCCCAGUCCUUAGUGACAACGCAAUAAGGAAGACUGAAGACGAAUUAUCACGUAAUACUAGUCAAAGUAGGUUAGACACGUAGCACUUAUAGUAUCGUUAUAAGUACAUAAAUACAAGACAAAAGAAAGGGAAAGAAUUUAUGUAUAUUCUAAUAACAAAAGUUAUGACACUGUUUUUUGACGCUCUUGAUUUAUUAGAAGUCUGUCAAAAAUAAUUUUUAAGUGCAAUGAAGAACUGGCCCGAACUUUUAAAAACUAUAGCUACUUAAACUAUACCUAUAGAUACUUUAGAAAAGCUUUAGAUUUUAAUUUAAAAUAAGCCACCAACGCACAAAUGAGCGAUAAAAUUAAUGAUUUUGAAAAGUUAAAUAUUUAGAAUCAUUUUGUUUAUAUAAGCUUAUUCUUAUUAUACAUGUCUUUCCAUUAGGGGCUUUUUAUAUUAUCUGAUGUUAGUUGAUGAUGUUUAGAAAUGAUUAAUUGUUUAUAAAACGACGGUGGUAGUUAGUAGCGAGUAUUUUCAGGAAAUUAUUAGCAAUUAAAAAACUGAGGAUCUGUCAGUACCAAUGCGUGGGAAUACUAUAAUAGCAAUAGCAUUAGAAAGACGCUUUAUAAGUACAUAGUUUAAAUAAGUCUGACAAACAAAUGUAUGUGAUAUUGAAUAGUCUCUCUAAUUUGCGACAAACAAGAAGGUAUAUAUAUAUAGAAUAAAUUAUUUCGUGACCCAAAAUAAACUAAUUGUUAACACAAAAUUAUCUAAUUUAUAAAUGCCCUGUAAUCUGUUUCUCUCUUCUAACUCUUGUCAAACAAUCAAUUAUGAUUUAAAGUGGAGUAAGUAUAUAGUAGUUUACAAUCACACUUAGUCUUGCUUGGUGUAUUCUCUAAAUAUUCUGAACUAUUUCGUAAAAUAAAAGAGAAUAUGAAGAAGCUGUGUUACUUUAUCGUAACGCUUAUUUAUAAACUCAUAGAUUGUUAUGUAGAUUGUUAAGCAUAUAUAACGUUGUAAAUAAUGCUCAAUUUUAUACCAAUAAAAUAUUUUUAUUUUUAU